GGAGCAGCGGCAAGCCGUGAGAAGCGGAUUAGCCGAAGCCUGGAGCGGAGCGGUGGUGCCGUGGCGUCUCCGCCUCUCUCCUCCCCGUCGCCCGCAGUCGUGCGCCACCGUCUCCGCCGCGCCACCCGCAACCCUGCUCCGGUUUUCGUUCGAUCCUCCCAUGCCACCACUCCUCUUCUAGUUCCUCUCCACAUGCUCAAGCUAGCGAUCUAGGCCGCCGAUUCCUCAACAUUCUGGUCCCCCGAGAUGUACCACGCGAUGCGGCUGCGCUGCCUCCUCAUGCACCCACCGCUGUGGAGCAAUUCCAGCUCCCUCGGCAUCUCCGCCAGCGGCGUCACCGGAGGUUGCUUUGUCAGGAGGUUCAGCGCGGUCGGGGCGCCGCGGCCGCACGGCCCGUCCCGGCGGCUGUGCCGGUUUUACGGCUCCAAGGGCGGCGUCGGCAGCGCGGAGGCGCAUGGCGCCUCGGCGGCCUCGUCGGCGCCGGGGAGCAGCGGCAGGUGCAUCGAGCAGGAGCACGCGCGGCUCGGGGAGAGGGACCAGCAGGAGUGGCUAAGCGGCGAGAGGUUCCUCACGGGCUGCAAGCGGCGGGAGUCGCCGUUCCUCACCAGGCGGGAGAGGUUCCGCAGCGAGUUCCUGCGCCGCGUCGUGCCGUGGGAGAAAGGGACACUCUCGUGGCAGAAUUUCCCGUACUACGUCAAUGAGAACGCGAGGCAGCUGCUGAGUGAGUGUGUGGCAUCCCACCUACGGCACAAAGGUGUCACGUCAGAGUAUGGCUCGCGGCUGGAAUCCUCAGGAGGGAGGAUAUUGCUCCAGAGCUCGCCAGGAACUGAGCUUUACAGGGAGAGAUUUGUUAGAGCUCUUGCACAUGAGUUGCGGGUACCGCUACUGGUUCUGGACAGCACCGUUCUUGCUCCAUAUGAUUAUGGGGAAGAUUACUCAGAAAGCGAGGCGGAUGAUGAGAAUGCUGAGUCUGAGGAUGAAGGCUCAGAAUCUGAAAUGGAAGAUGAGGGCGACGAAGAUUGGACAAGUAACAAUGAAAAGUCUGGUGAAAGUGACGAUGAGGAUGCUCUCAAAUCUGUGGAAGACCUGAAGAAGUCUGUGGAUGACCUAAAAAAGUUGGUCCCUUGUACUAUCGAGGAAUUCGCCAAGAGAAUUGUUGGUUCUGAAGAAAGUACAGCGUCAGAAUCUUCUGAAACUCCUGAGUCACCAGAGGACGAGAAAAGGCCUUUCCAAAGAGGAGAUCGGGUCAAGUAUGUUGGGGAUCCUGCAGUUUCUGAAGCAGAUCAGAGGAUCAUUUUGGGGAAAGUACCUACUCAAGAUGGCUCAAGAAAUGCCUAUACUUUUAUUAGCGGCAGGACUUUAUCAAAUGGGCAGCGUGGAGAGGUAUAUGAGAUCAAUGGGGAUCAGGUUGCUGUAAUAUUUGAUCCUCCUCCAGAGAAAUCACAUGAUGGAGAUGAAGAUAUAACUAGCAAGGAGGAAAAUGCUAAACCAACGAUUUACUGGGUUGAUUCUCAGGAUAUUGCUCAUGAUCAUGAUACUGAGUCAGACGAUUGGCAUAUCGCACUUGAAGCACUUUGUGAGGUUCUGCCAUCUCUACAGCCAAUAAUUGUCUACUUUCCAGACAGUUCCCAGUGGUUGUCAAGAGCAGUCUCAAAAUCAGAUCGCAGAGAGUUUGUGCAAAGAGUUGAGGAAAUGUUUGACCGACUUACUGGACCAGUUGUAUUGAUAUGUGGGCAGAACAUACUGGCAGCAGCAUCCAAGGAUAAGGAACAUCCGGCACUGAUGUUCCACAAUCUCUCUCGCCUAUCGUCACUGCCAUCACCAUUGAAGCGGCUGGUAGGGGGCCUCAAGGGACAAAAAUAUUCCAGAUCCAGUGACAUAUCAAAGCUCUUCACCAAUAGUCUUACUGUUCCUCUUCCAGAGGAAGAUGAACAACUACGAGUUUUUAAUAAUCAGAUCGAAGAGGAUAGAAAAAUUAUCAUUUCAAGGCAUAACCUCGUUAAAUUACACAAGGUGCUUGAAGAGCAUGAUCUUUCUUGCGUGGAGCUUUUGCAUGUGAAGUCUGAUGGUGUUGUUUUAACAAAACAAAAAGCGGAGAAGGUCGUUGGAUGGGCUAGAAGUCACUAUCUAUCAUCGACAACCCUUCCUUCUAUCAAGGGUGACAGGUUAAUAAUUCCCCGUGAGAGUCUGGAUAUAGCAAUAAAGAGACUAAAGGAGCAGGGUAUUACAACUAAGAAAUCCUCUCAAAAUCUGAAGGUUUUGGCUAAAGAUGAGUAUGAACGCAAUUUCGUUUCCGCUGUUGUACCUCCGAAUGAAAUUGGAGUGAAAUUUGAUGAUAUUGGCGCACUUGAGGAUGUCAAGAGGACGUUGGAUGAGCUUGUUACUCUUCCGAUGAGGAGACCUGAGCUUUUCUCGCAUGGAAAUUUAUUAAGGCCCUGUAAAGGUGUUUUGCUUUUUGGCCCCCCUGGGACAGGAAAAACGCUCUUGGCAAAAGCCCUUGCAACAGAAGCUGGAGCAAAUUUUAUCAGCAUAACUGGUUCUACACUCACAUCAAAGUGGUUUGGAGAUGCUGAGAAGCUCACGAAGGCCCUUUUUUCCUUUGCGAGUCGAUUAGCCCCCGUCAUCAUAUUUGUGGACGAGGUUGACAGCUUACUUGGUGCAAGAGGAGGUGCAUUUGAGCACGAAGCAACAAGAAGGAUGCGGAACGAAUUUAUGGCAGCUUGGGAUGGUCUCAGGUCCAAAGAGAGCCAACGGAUCCUUAUUCUUGGUGCUACAAAUCGUCCAUUUGAUCUAGACGAUGCUGUGAUACGGCGUUUACCUAGACGGAUAUAUGUUGACCUUCCAGAUGCACAGAACCGAAUGAAGAUUCUGAAGAUUUUACUUGCUAAAGAAAAGUUAGAAUCUGAUUUUAAGUUCGAUGAGCUUGCAAAUGCCACAGAAGGUUAUUCAGGGAGCGACCUAAAGAACCUGUGUGUGGCUGCAGCAUAUCGGCCUGUUCACGAACUUUUAGAAGAAGAAAAGAAGGGAGGUGUGAGUAACGAGAGCAGUUAUUUGAGACCGCUUAAAUUGGAUGAUUUUAUACAAGCAAAAGCUAAGGUUAGCCCGUCUGUUUCUUAUGAUGCAACAAGUAUGAAUGAAUUGAGGAAAUGGAAUGAACAGUACGGGGAAGGUGGCAGCAGGACAAAAUCACCCUUUGGGUUUGGCAACUGACAUUGCAGUAGAGAUUUUCCAACCCUGUAUCAUCUGUACCAUUCAUAGAUGCCUGUUCUAAAAUAGGAAAUCAGUCUAUUUUGUUUUCACCUAGAGCCAUGUACAAACAACAAAAUAUCUAAUCAAAUGCCAAUUUUCCCUGCUAUCUAUCUACCUAAA